AUGCCACGUGCAACCAAAGGUGUUUUAAUUGAAUGUGAUCCAACUGUUAAGCAGAUUAUUCUUAAUCUCGAUAAUCAAACACAUGAUAUUGUAUUAGAAGAUUUAGAUGAACGAUUACUUGUGCAUUCUCAACAACUUGAUCGGAUACGUUUGGAAUUGGAUCGAGUUCUUGAAGAAAAUUCGUUUAAUUCACUUCCAGCUUUUUCAUAA